AUGAGCGCGAAAAGAAAGCGCUUAGAGGACACCGCGGAGAAUUCUCCUCCAGAAGGUACACCAACGCCAAAGAGACGGAAAGGAAGAAUUUCUGCGAAAGAACGUGAACGGAUCUCUGAAGAGAAUCGCAAAGCGCAAGGUGUUUACAACGUGCUAAGACAACAUACUGACAGCGAAAAUAGGCAGCUAGCGGAGAAAUUUAUUCGAACUCCUUCUCGCAGAGCAGAACCUGAUUAUUACAAGCAAGUGAAGUCCCCUAUAGACUUUACGAGGAUUCAACAAAAACUCAAGACCGAAGAAUACCAAACAUUCGAAGAGUUUUGUGAAGACGUAGAACUCCUUGUCGACAAUACCAGAACCUAUUACAAGGUAUGGUCAAUCUCACCUGCGCCAAGCUCUCGAGCAUCAUCUAAUGGUUCUUCGGAUGAAGUGGAAACUGAGAUGGUUGAAGACAUUCUUUGUGCACUGUUGGAAUUGACUGAUUCGACAGGUCGCUUGAUUUCUCCUCCCUUCCGGGUUCUUCAAAGCAAGGAGGAGUUCCCCGUUUAUUAUGAGAAAAUUCGCCAUCCAAUGGACUUGAAAACGAUAGCUGAAAAAGCAAGAGCUGGCUUAUAUAAGCGAAUGUCUCAAGUUGAGGCGGAUGUUCGNUUGCAGAUAUUCAGUGGUAAAGGCAGUGAGAUCUACAAAGACGCCGUAGCUCUCAUGACUUUCUUCAAAGAAAAGCGCGACCUGGUUCUGGAAAAGGGUGUUCAUCCCAAGCGCCGUGACAAAGUCCGUCGUGCGGUUGAUGGACUUCUUAUCCAAGCCGCGCUUCCACCAGUGGCUGAGCUCUCCGAAGAUUCUGAGGAGGAUGAAGACACUGAAGAAAGUGAUGAUCCUCUAUGGAAGCUUUAUUGGACGGUCCGUAACCUGAAUGGAAAUUGUCAAUUCAAUUCUCUUUUUUCAGCUAUUAUCCUGAUUAUUUUGAUGAAAUAUCUCGUGUUUGAAAACGCGUGUGAGUACAACAUGGAAUCAUCGGACAUUUUUAUUGCUGCGCAAAAGCUUCAAAACCUAACGAUUCGAAAAGCUCGUGAACUUCAGCCAAGCCUUGAUCUCUCGGCAAGUUCCAAUUUCAUUUUUAUUCCUACAAUUCAAUCCUUAGCUAGCACACCCCCACCAGAAAAGAAGAGGUAUCGUUCGCCAAAGAAAAUGCGGCCCAUAUCGACAGGAAUGACCGCUGAGCAUGUAUCUUUACCCGGUCGACCUGGGCGUAAAAGUAUGGACGAACUCAUGCUGCGAUACCGACAAAAGUUGAUGACCUUUUGGGAUCUCAUUUAUAACCAUAAGAUUGGUAUAUAUUGGCCUGCUGGAGCUUUCAUGGAACUACCUUCUUCUCGAGAAUAUCCAGAUUAUUAUCAAGUUAUUGAGCAUCCUAUUGAUAUGAAAAUUAUUAGGGAUAAGAUAGAGAACAACAGGUACGAGUCAUCGGUGCAGCUUAUUGAAGAGUUUACCAUACUAUUCAAUAAUGCUCGCCAAUACAACGAGGCGAAUUCCCAAAUUGCGCGCGAUGCUGCAGUUCUGUUGAGUAUGGUCACAACAGCACAUGCGACCGAUAAGGACGCUCCUUAUGAAAGUCCUAUGGCGUUGAAGCAGAAGCUUCCCGCACAUGAACAGCAAAUGUGGAAAUUAUAUACGCUUGUUCGUGAUGCUACCGAUGCUGAUGGAAGAAAACUUGCAGGUGCCUUCAUAAAGCUGCCUACCAAAGAGGAAUACCCUGAUUAUUAUGAAGUAAUCAGGAAGCCUAUGGAUCUACAACGAAUACAGCAUCGGCUACAAGCUCACGGCUAUGGAAGAUGGAUUGAUCUUGUUGCUGAUUUAUCUCUAAUGUUAGAAAAUGCAUGUAAAUAUAAUGAGCCUGAAAGUACGAUCUAUAAGGAUGCUGUCGCCUUACAAAGGCUGGUGUUGGAAAAGAAACGGGAGCUUGGGGCUGCUGAAGACUGCAUGCCUCGUGUUCAAAUGGAGAUUCGCACUAUGUUUACAAACAUUUUUUCAAUUCUUUUUCUAUUUUUUCUGGACUCAGAAGGGCGGUGCAGAUGUGAUUCCUUUGCCGAGCUCCCAGAUCUUUUAAAAGCACGUGGAUUUCCGCGAGAUGAGUGGCCAUUUUCCUUGGACCAGAUCAAGAGAAAUAUUGAUAAGGUACUUCUUCCUUGUGAGUAUUCCAUCUUCUCUCGUCUACAUGAUUUUCCCUUAAUUCGUCGUCGGUUUGAUGGUCAAGGGAUUUUUGACUUUUUUGAUCUUUUCGAGCGUGCAAGGGAGCUCAGUCGCAGUGAUUCGAAGCUUUUCGAAGAUGCGACAGAACUCCAACUGGCCUUCAUCCGAGAGCGCGAUGCGCAAUGCAAAGGGGUUCUUGUCUCAACAGCAUUUAUCGCCAUAGAAAACGUAAUGACUAGCCACGACUCGAUUAUAUUACGGGAACUUUUUUUGCAGGAAGGUGAAGUGGACCUGGAUUCACUCAACUUUGAUGGCGUCGAGUAUAUCACACCGUCCUACGCUUAUAUCACUCGGACGGACGACAAUUCGCGAGCUCCGCCACACAUAAUGCGUAUAGAGCGGAUUUUCAAAACGGACACUGGUGAGAUGAUGGUGCGAGGAAAGUGGGUGUAUAGGCCGCAUGAGACCUUGCAUUUGGCCAAUCGAAAGUUCAUUGAAAAUGAGGUUUUUAUAACGCCAUUCAUAGAUACCGUGCUAGCAGAAAGGUUGUGUGGGAAGUGUAUGGUUGUCCCUGUGAAAGUUGCAAUGCAUAAUGUAGUGGAGGGUAUAAACCCAACAGAUUUGUUCGUCUGUGAAUGUCGGUAUCUUGGAAAGCCGCGUUAUUUCGCGAAACUCAAGAGCUGGCCGUUUCCCGGAGAAGAGGAUUCUCUGAAACUUACUUCGAGGUCACGUCCCCUCUCUCCUGUACGUGUGACUAGCAAUUUUAUGAAUGUUGAUGGCGUGAUUCCUGCUCGUGCUGAGGCCGAUGCUGAUGGGCGAACGUAUCUUCAUGCGAUGCGCACUCAUAGUGGGAAAUAUCAUGACGUUGGGCAGUUCGUGCUUGUGUUCAAUCCACAGAAACCUACAUGCGACGUUAUGCGUGUUGACAAGUUGUGGAGAGAGAAGGACGGAAGUGAAUGGUUCAGCGGAGGUUGGCUGGCGCGCCCGUCAGAAAUCCAACAUGACUGUGGACGAACUUUCUAUGUGCGAGAAGUGUUCGCCGUCGAUCAGCCAGAUCAAACAAGGCGCAUCGAAGACAUUCAAAGUCACUGUGCUGUUCUCACUCCGAAGGAAUUCGUGAAAGAGCGGCCAACUGAAAUUCCCGAGUGCGAUGUUUUUGUAUGCGAAUCACGUGUUCCUGGUGUUUCCUUCGCAAAAGGGGAACCUUCCUCUCUCUUCACCAAGCCUUCGGAAAAAGUUUGUAAUAGUAUUCUCAUAUCUAGCGUUUUCUUAUCAACGUUCUCUGGCCUCAUGUCGAAUUGGCUAGCUGCACAGCCGAAGUUGACGGCGAAGAGUAAAUCUGGCUACAUUCUUUUCUCGGCUGAAAUACGAAAACGAAUAAUGCACGAGAAUCCUGAUUCAGGUUUUGGUGAAGUAUCGAAGAUUGUAGGGAUUGAGUGGAAAAAGUUGUCGGACGAUCAGAAAAGGCAGUACGAGGUUCGUGCAGAGUACAUAGCGAGUGAACGUGCAAAGCAAGAAGCGGCCAGAGCUGCUACUGAGAAAACGCUUCAGCCUGGCCAGAUUCGGAUAUAUCAGUGCAAAUGGAUCAACUGUGAUUCACAAUUUGAUAGCGAAAAUGGUUUAUAUGAACACAUUGUACAGCACCACACGAGUCAAAUCAUCAUGGACAGCGAACAGCAGUACGUAUGUAUGUGGGUGACGUGCGUUCGAAACAGAAAGGACGGAAAGCCGUUCCCAUCUCUACCUCGCCUCCACCGUCAUAUGAAGGAAAAGCAUCUUGCCACCGCGAUGAAAAGCGUUUAUGCGAAUCAAAUCGGAAAGAACUUUUUCAAGCUAUCGACUCAAUCCACGCCAAAUGGAGAGACCGUAUUUGAUCAUCCUGUUAGCGAUGGCUCACUCCAAUUCAAUAGCAAUAUUCUAGCCACAAAUGCAGCAACCACAUCCACCUCCUACUGCUCAAAUGCCUUCGCAAGUCGCUCAUCAAGCUACGCCUUCAUGCUCACAAGGACCCAUGGUAACAGUCUACAUAACAUUUGCUUGGGAUCUCCACUCACUGUGCUGUGUACGUUUCAGCCAUCGUCAUCUAUGGCUGUGCCAACAAUCACUGAUGCUGGUCGUACCGUCGUGAAAUCUCAGGGAGUAGAUCCAGUGUUUGUGGCACCGCCUUCGUCUGUUCACGCGCGUCGUGUGCUGCAUUCGGAGACAUAUCUUAGGUAUAUCGAGUCCCUUUCAUCGAAUCGCCAGCGCACUGUCUCGAAAUGGGACACAUCGCUGAGCACGAACCCACGUAAUGCGCAGCCAAAUGCGGCCCGGCCGCCUCCGACGCAUUGGAUCAGAGAAUCUCGUGGACGACCGAUCGCUCGGGAAGAAGACGUUGUGCGUGCUUUGUGGCGACUGCGGGAUGAACUUCUUGAAAGUACUUGUAAUAUGUCGGUAGAGAGGGACGUUGGUGGUAUUUUGUAA